AGGAAGUUGAGCGGGCCAAACGAAGCAAAGUGGUCAUGACCUUUGCUUUGGUUGAUCGCAAGGUCCUUUUCAAUGAAGAUGAAGUUUCAGAAAUGGAAUCACGGAGCAGCAUAUUAAAGCCUCCGGACGAGAGGGAAGUGAACAGAAUAAAACCAAACCCAACCGAUAGGGUUCAACCAAUUUUUAUAGAUCCAGGCCCGAAGAAGAAGCCGGGUAAGGGUAAAGUGCCGAACAAGAGUCUCAAGAGCGGAUUAUGCUUGGAAAUCAUCGAGAGGGUGCAACACGAGAGAAACGAGUUGAAACACUUCAUUGUUGAUGACCAUCUGGAAACAACCUCAAAUGGAAAGUCUUGGCACGGGCCAUCAGUGAGUAGGGGAGUGCAUAUAGAAGAUGGAGCCGAAUGCUAUCUAGAAUGUAACUAGCAUGGAGCAUCAAGAUAAUAGGGGUCUGCUAGUACUUGUAUCUUUGGUAAGAAAACCUUGAAACUCAUCAUUCUUAUACGACGGCAUCUACCAUUUUGUAGAUACCGCAGAUCAUUCGCUGGCUUUUUCUCA